AUGUUUUCUCAACUUAUCAAUGCAGGAUAUAAUAAUGCGACAGAAUUAAUUGAACUUGUUGUACCUAUGAUAUGGGCAUAUGUCGAUGAUAUUAAACCAUGGUUUGAUGACUCAUUUUGGAUUAAAUUUUCGACAUUUCCUGAAGUAUGGGUUGCAAGUUCAUAUAAAGGUUCAUCUGGUGAAAUAACAACAAUGAGCUAUAUUGGUCAUCAUCAACGUAAUCAACAAACAUGGCUUGAAGCAAUGUAUAUAGCAUGGGAAAAAUAUAAAGUAAAUUUUACUGGUGUUGCUGUUACCGGUUGGUCUCGUUAUGAUCAUAUGCUUUCUUUAUGUGAAUUUCUUCCAUCAUCAAUACCUUCACUUGCAUAUUCCUUACAAACAAUUGUACAUGGUCGUUUAACUAAUGAAUUAAAUGAAACAAUAUCUCGAACAUUACUAGGUUGUAAUCAAAUGCCAUUAUGGGAACGAUCAACAUAUCCAACAUUCGUAACAUGUACAUUUCCAGGUCAUCAAAUGUAUGAAAUGAUGUAUCAAUAUGAUUAUAUUAUGCGACAAUAUGAAGAAACAAUGUCAUUUGUACGUUUAUAUAUAACAGAUAUUCAUUUACAUCAAAAUUAUAUUCAUUAUAAACGUGGUGAAGAAUGUCUUGAACGUUUACUUACAUUAGAAAGUCAAAUGAUACAUUUUAUAGAUGCAUUUCAAAAUGCUUGUUUAGUUUUUUUUACAGCUGAUAUUGGUCCAGAAUGGUUACAAACAUAUUUUAUGCGUACAUUUAAAGAUGUUCAACAACGUACAAGUUUUAUUGAACGUACAUUAAAAACACAAUCAUCAUGGCUACAACGUCCAUUACCGAAAAAUAUUUCUAGAAUUAUUGUUAAAAAAAGAAAUAUUACAAUUAGUAGUUUAGUACGAAAUUCUUAA